UCGAAGUUAGUUUGUCAACGACUUUCCAAGUUUCUGUUACCGCUUGUAGUCUGCUAUUAUUGUAUAUAAAUGUAGAAAUAAUUGAAUCGUUUCUAUUAUUAUGGCUUUGUGGACAAGAGUGUACGCAGGAUUUGAUGCAGACGAGGAGACUGUCAAUUUUGGUACUAGGGCUUUUGCAGAAACAAAUGGAUCUAUUUAUGAGUCCUUUACUGUGGCCGCAAUUCAACCUGAUCGCGAGGUUGAUCACAGUCCAAAUGUGAUUGCCUCUAUUCAACAUUCGAAAGUUUGCGUUGCUUUAGACAAAUCCAUCACUAUUUUUAAUGAUGAAAGUUGUAAAUCAAUUACAAUUAGCAGCACAUUUGACUCGUUGAUAGCGAGUUAUACUCUUUCUAGAGAUGGAUCGUUUCUGUUCAUUGCCCUUGCCAGUGGAUUCGUCCACUGCUUGCAUUUACCUAGUAAAGGAAGGCUCGUUUUUUCCAAAAAUAUCACUGAAGCACAGAAUCAAAAUAAAAUCUUGAAAAUAUUUACAGAAAAUAAGGAAACGUUAGAUGUUAUUGUUGUCACGGAAAAUGGAAGUAUAUUCAGGAUUUCAGGUUUUAACGAGAAAAUUAUUCAUAAACAUCUUAUGAAAGAUAAUCAGCAAGCAGCAUCCGAAGCUGUACAAUGUAUCGAAUGUCACAAAAUAUUUAGCUGUCUCACAAAAAACGAGAUUUGUCACGUAAGCGUUGAUAUUUUAAACAACAAUGAAGCUUCGUUAUUCAUGGUUGGCAGAGAAACGUUAAUGUGGCCCAGUGAAUGCUCCAUUUUGAUGAAAAAUUUACCUAGUCAGUACAUUCGUUCUCAGUUUCUAAAAAAUCAAAGGGUUCUACUGUGUCUUCGAUCGGACAAAUCUUUGUGCAUAAUCUGCCCAUGGACUCUUCUUGCAAAGAAAGUGUACGAUGGUCCUGUAAGUGAUUUCUUAAUACUUCAAGAUCAUAUUAAUGAACCUCUUCAUCUGAUAAUUCUGCGAGAACCCUUGAAUGGAGCUAACACAACUUCCUUGGAAUAUGUAUCUUACCCUGACUUUCAAACGAAAUUCAAAAUAUCAGUCCCAAGUUCGACUUACUUAGUGGAAUGCCACGGUUCCUCGACAGAAAGUAUCAUUUAUCUUGAAGGCAUCGCAAAUUUAUCAGAGAAUAUUGAAUCAAUUAGAGUAAAAGCGCUUGUCGAAAGUUUACCGGAACUUCGUUUGGAACGAUUGUUGAGGAGGGAAAAGUUUGAAGAAGCAGAGAGCUUCGCAGAUAAAUAUGAUCUGAACAAAGAAUGCAUUUACUGUGCAAAGGCUGCAUUAUUUGUAAAUCGUUCAGGUCCUUGGGCACGAGACAACACCGAACUAGUUGAUUUAAAUGAAUUUAUUGGAACUCUGGACAAUAUAAGCGACGUUAAAUUUGUCUUUAAUUGUUGCAAUAAUGCCUUGAUGCCUAAUUACAAUCAAAUGAAAAGAUUGUUGUUGUAUGCACGACAGAGAAUCGUUCAGAGUAUUCAGCAAUCAAGCGAUAAGAAACUUUCAGUGUUACUCUCUGAAGUGAGCAGUACACUACAUAAGCUCGAAACAUUUGAGAUAAUUCGAAAAGUGGAUGCGAAUUCCGAUGAAAGUGAAGAGGAAAUGGUUAAUGAAUGGCUUAGGUUUUCAAAAAGUGAUUUAAUAGAAGAAUGCAUUAGAUAUCUGACACAAAAUAAUUUGGAAGCAGCAUCUCUUAUAUGGGUUCAGCACUGUUUGAGUUUAGUAAAAAAUUUAUCCGCGAAAACAGUGACGACACUGAUGGAAUCAAUUCCAGAGAAGACUCCAAUUUGUGAACUUUGGCCGUGGCUAAAACAUUUUGUUCCCAGUUUGUUAUCCGUGCAGCCGAAUUUUUUGUCGCAAAUUGUUUCGUGGAGCUGUAGAAAAACAAAUCAAUUGGAAAAAUUUCAUCGAAAUAUCUGGCCUCAAAUUGGCUUAGAUUUUGUUAAUGAAUUCAUUCAAGUUCUUAAUGUUGAAAAAACUCAUCAGUCUUCAUUGCUCUAUCAACAAUAUGCUAAAAAAAAUUCUCCUCUGCAGCGACUUAUGACUCUUAUUCAAGCGCUAACCGAUCUUUUACAAUUGAAAGAGAAUUACAGGAUAACUGUGCCUUUGGAUACUUAUAUGGAUGAUCCUGUAGAAUUAAUUCACUUACUACUAAAUAAAGUACAUGUAGAAGAAAUGGAAGGCUUUAUCAAAAACUUUUUAGCUCAAUACAUAUUGAAUCAUCAUGAUUUAAAAAACGAUCACGUUUUUUCUCUUUAUAUUCAGAAAACAUUGAGAAAUUCAAAGAAUUGGCGUUUUUGGGAAGAAGCACCUUGGGAAAAACGAAUCUUUAUUGUCAUAAGAUUUAUUCACAAUAUACAGAAUCGGCUGCAAUUAGUUUUGGACGUAUUAAAAGCAGCUCCAGUUCCAUGGAGUGCAACAAUGGACUUGCUCGCCGAAGAAAAUUGUCUUUACGAUCAUCCUUUGGUAGCGAAAAUCAAGAUAGAAAAAAAUUCCAUUCCCGUUAAACUUAUUCUCAAAAAAUACGAUUUCGAAGAUGUCAGCUUAAGCAAUAAAUUGAUAAAUUGUAUUAUUAAAAAAGGCGAUGCAAAUAUGAUAAAAGAUAUUUUGGAGUUGACUAAAACUGAUUUUUCUAAGAGAGUCUCUGGAUUAUAUUCCGCAAUCAACAGAAGUUUACAUAAAGGAGAAAUUUCAAAAGCAAUUGAUAUAAUUAAUAGUUUAGAGGACGACGUGGCUUUGCAGUGUUGUAUACAAGUAAUUAAUUAUGCAAUGAAUCCUUUAAUGGAUGUCAAUGGCUCUUUAAAAUAUUUUAUAGAAGUUCUAAACGUAAUUGAAAGCAAACUGAAGGAGAUUUUAAAACGCACAAAAUCGAGUUCAGUAAAUUUUGAUGAAACUCUUCUCAAUAUAUCACUCGUUAAAGCUCUAUACACUUUGAGAGUAGAGUUUAACAUUAAGGUUUCUGUUUUCCAAUAUCAUAAACAAAAGGAAGAAAUUUUGAAGAAUUAUAUCUCUCAAGAGACAAAUGAGGUCAAUCAAAAUUAUGAACAGUGGAUGCCACUGGUUUGUAAAAACGCACGUCGAAUUGCAAAUUUACUAAAUGCAUCAAAAUUAAUGGUAGAAAGUCUCCUGGAUGAACGUAUCGAACAAAUGUCCAUGUUGCAUCAUAAAGUUUUAAUCGCACCAGAAGAAAUGAACAAAUUGGAUGAUUAUAAUACAGCUUAUGUUCAGAGAAUUUGCUUAACUUCCAUGCUGAGUGAUCAAAGCAAUUAUGCAAUAUCAAACAGGAUUUAUAAUUUAUGUGUCUCUUCGAUAAAUUUAUGUCACAGCACUGAACUACAAAGUAACUUAGCUUUGUAUACUUGGAUCACAACUUAUAUGGAAAGUUGUUGUUCGAAACUGAAUGAACUGGAUCCAAAUUACAAUUCAAUGAUGUUGCCUCAAUGGAAACUGUACACGAUUUAUACAGAUACACCAGUCUUCUCAAAAUUAAAUGUGUUACAACUUUUUCAAAAUUCAAUGAAAAUUUAUUAUCUUUGCAGAGCCGCAACAGGAGACAUUGUUUGUAAUGGAAACGUUGAUCCUGCCUUACAAGAGGAACAAAUAAGGAAACUGUUAAUUGCUUGGAAAGAAAAUUUAAAUACCCUUCAGCUGGAACAUUUGGAUUAUUCAGUUUUGAAAAUAAUUAAAACACUGCUUUUUAAUUGCUGUUUUGCAUUCACAGAAAACCAAAAUUUACAAGUAGAAGAUGCUUUGCAUCAAUAUUUGCUUUCUCUUCUACAAAAGGUUGUUAGCAAUCGUUCGUUUGAUUUACAAUUAGGAUUAGUUUGUCUCUUUAUGCUGCCCGAAAACAAAAGUUACAACUGGUUUCCCACUGAACUUGAAUCUUGCAAUUAUCAAACGUAUUUUAAUCGACAUCGAAUAAUAUCUCACCUGGGUUGGGAGUAUUUCUAUCUACUGAAGAAUGACGUCCGAGAGAAGUACUAUAGAUAUCGAAUAAUGCACUACUGGGCAAACAAGUUAUUGCCAUUUGGAAUCUCAUACAAAGAAAUGUUCAACAGCACCACUGAGAGUAGGCGUGAAAUUUUACAGCGCAUUAUGUGUUCAAAAGUAGAAUUUUCAAUAGAAUUUAUUGAAGAAUUUUGUCGUGAUUUUAAUUUUUAUUUAAGCGAUUGUUUGCUGUUGUAUCUAAAAAUAUCAUUAAAAAAUUGGAGUCCAACAAUUAAUAAAAUAACAGGAUUACAAAUUGACGACAAUGAAGUUAAGAAACUGGAAACAACAUGCAAAAAUAUUGUUGCUAGACUCGAAGAUAAAAGCUGUUUAAUGAAGCACAUUUCACCAAUAGAGUCUGAAAUCAACUGUUAUUAUUACGAAGUGUUUCUCAUUAUUAUGGAUCUUUUGGAUAAUAAAAAUGCAGACAGAAUGAAUCUCUUCUAUUUUUUGCAAAAUUAUACACGUGUUGGAGAGCCAACUCAAUAUGAGAAGGACCACUGGACUCAACUCAAUCCGGAAAGCAGUAAUUUGCCUUUGAUAGCUAAAUGGAGAUUUCCGUUUUUACCAAAUAUUGAUCAAUGGAAAUUAAUUAAACCUGAACUUAAUUUAAAGACCUACAAUAAGUGGCUGGAAAUCGCUCCCGUUUUAAACCUGCAAAGCGAUCUCAUUUGUACAUUAGCGGUUAAAGGAUCUGCCACUCAAAUUUGGAAUAAUCACAGGUCUGAAAAUAAUUCCGAAUGGUCUCUCUAUCCAAAGCAUAGUGCUCUGCUGAAAGAAAUGAAGGAGUGUAUUAAUUUAAUGACAGGAGAUAAAUCUUUGGAGUAUGCAACGGCAGCGAUGUAUUAUGUUGCCAAUCGCACACCUCCAGGCGCCGAUCAAGUUGCUGCCGCCCAAGAAUGCUACAAAUUGGCAGAGUUGUGGCAGAUAAAUUGUAGUGUCCGAGUCGACGACACCACCGCCAUUUGGAGUGGACAAGAAUUGGUCACUAAAAUUAAAGACAAAUAUCAUCAAUUCACUUCGAAACAUAUUCUGUAUACUCAUGGAUUAGGACAGGAGCGUUAUUUGAAUUUGAUCUUGUAUCCAGAGAAAUUAAUUCGCGAAAUUUAUAUGAACGAAAGCAUUCCUCUAAGGUAUAAAGCUGCUAUUGCAAAUAGACCUGAUAUUAAUUCUGCCGCAGAUUCUUUAGGGAAACUUUUUAAUCUGAAUAUGGUGAAGCUCCUCUCUGAUUUGCUGUUGGAAUGGCUGCAGCCUGACAUGAAGGACACGAGAAUGAAUGACAGUGCUACAGAAAUAUUUAGUGUAAAGUCUCUAAGUAGGGAUGCUCAAUCCACCGCAGACGAUAACUUAUUAAGAGCCUCUUAUAUUCUCAACCGUGAUGAUGCCGUGAUGCCAGCCACUUUCUUGGCAAAUAUUUCGUUCAAUGAGCAGAAUAAGGAUUUUCGACCUGGAGUUCGUUAUCGUGCCUUGCAAGUUUUGCAGACUAUCACAGACACGAGCUCUUUGGAAAAGUUAACUCAACGAGACAUAAUAAGCAUCAGGAAACACAUGAUGUCUCUGAACUACUUAAACGAAUUAGAGAACUUAGGUUUGAGGUACAGUGUCAGCAGUUUCGAGAACUGUUCAAAACACGAACUUGUACAGAUAUUGCUGACCACCCAGUUUCAUUCGCCAUUAGUACUUUCUCUAAUUUUACGCAUUUGCUUAGAUUAUAAUGUAGAAGAAUAUCAUCUGUGGAAUACUACUUUGAAUCAAAUGGCCAAGCUGUUAAUGGUGAAAGAAUUAGAAACGUUUUUGCCAAUGGUUGCUACAUUAAGUUACGUAACUAAUUGCACUGGAUACAUAUCCGGAUGGCAAGUUGUGAUAUCCGAUACUUUCCGAAAAAUAGAUGUUAAUCCAACUUUCAAGCAAAUUGAAGAUUGCAUAAGGAUUUUAAGACUCCUCCACUCAUGUCCCGUUGUAAAUAAGCUGAACUUCGACGACGUAAUACAGUAUUGUUUCGAUUCAAAUCAAGCACAAUUCGCAGUGAUACUGUUACCAUUUUUAAAUGAUGAUCAAAAGAACAAUGUUUUGAAGGUUAUUAAGACAUCGUUCGAUGUGGAACAGAUAAUCAGUAAUCUACAAUUAUUGUCCAAAAAAGGUGUUCUUGCAGUUUCAUACGUAAGAUAUUCUUACUAUUUUAAUCUCCGUGUAUUUUUCCGUAAAAGCAUCGAAAUAUUUUUAAUAAAAUACAUAUUCAUUUUCUUUCAGUCAAUACAUGUCUUACGGGAAGUAACGAAAUCUCCAAGCAAUUAAAUUAUGUAGAUUAUUGUAAAAAUAAUUUUAUUUUUUCAUUAGUGGUACAACAUUUUUUUAUUAUAAAAUAAUUUUAUACUUUUAUAAUAAAAUGUUUAUAACAAAUAAAUUUAAAAAAAUUAUCUAUAA